UCUCAAGACAUACUCCAGAAGGCUUUUCAAAUGUCUGGAGACAUAAAUGACAGUUUAUACACUACUGAGGAUGAGGAAUAUCCCGUUGAGCUUAUAUCGCAACCCCAUGUAUCCGAAAAAAUCACCGCCGUGUGCCUCCUAACAGUCUUCGUGCUCAGCGUGGUGGGCAACAGCCUGCUGGUGAGUGCCCUCGUCUGCCUCGAGGACUUGCGGCGUGUCUCCAACCUCUACUUCCUCUGCCUCGCCUCGUUCGAUCUCCUCUUCACACUCACACUGCCAUUCUGGGCGGUCUACCUCCUGCACCACUGGGUGUUCGGUGACAUUGCCUGUAAGCUCCUGAUUGGAGCCUACUUUGUGGGACAGUACGGGAGUCUCGUGCUUCUGACGGCCAUGGCGCUGGACCGCUUCUGUACCGUGGUGCUGAAGGGACGCUACACGGCCCGGCCGGGCCGGAGGCUGCGCUGCGCACGCCUGGUCUGUGUGGCCACGUGGGGCGUCAGUGUGGCCAUGAGCCUCAGAGAGGCCCUCGUCUCUGUCCACUCGUCCUCAAAUGGAACGCACUCAUGUGAAGAUGGACAGAGUGGAGGUUUGGAUGACAAUGUUUGGUCCUACAUGCAGAUAGUUUUCCUCUUCCUACUUCCUCUUGUCAUCAUUGUGUUUUGCUACAGCUGCAUUUUCAGGACGGUGCUAUCUGUCCCAAACAUGAGAGACAGGUAUGGCUCAGUUGUGCUCCUGUUUAGUAUUGUCACCGCUUUCUUCAUCUGCUGGGGACCCUACAAUCUUGUGCUGUACCUACUCACAGUUCUUGAUCAAUCAGAGAGCAUAAUGCUUGCAUACGGAAUUUGUCGGGUUCUUGCUUAUUCUCACUGCUGCAUCAAUCCGCUACUUUACAUGCUCAGGCCGAGAUACAGGAACCUGCUCUGCAGACUCGUCCAUUGUUCAGAGAACGCUAGUCAGCCAAACAGUCACGCUAUUGAAAUGCAGAGGGGGCCCGAAAGUGCAAUGUGUGUGGAGAUGACGCUGAUGGAGUAAGGCUAAUACAACAAAUGUAUAAGGUAUAUUUGAACUGGUCAAUAUUUAACUAUUUAAGAGUGUUUUAUGCUGCUUUUGUGUGUCUUCAAUGAACAGACAGUAAAAAUAGUAAAAGAUUAAACCAAUAGUA